AUGGACUACAACCAGAUGAAUACGUAUUCUCUAACAAAGACCGGAAUGAAAUUGUUUAAUGAUAAACGACUCCGAGUUAUGGAUAAGCUUUACGAAUUGUAUUACAGUCCCAAGAGUGGCCUCAUUUCAGCGCAGAGAUUAUACCUGAAACUGAACAAACAGCUUCCAAUCUCGCAAAUCAUAAAGUUUCUUGACCAGCAAGAAGUUCACCAACUUCAUAAAGAAUCACGAAGAAAGCCAGCAUUCAGCCCCAUAACUGUUGGAGAUCGUGUUCGGAUACUCAAAGGUAAACAAACAUUCAGGAAAGGAUAUGUGUCAAAGUACAGCAACGGCAUCUAUACGGUUGUCAGUGGGAACGGAUACUCUUUCUCAAUUUCAGAUGAUAACGGCAAUGUUCUUGGAAAGUCUUACAAAUACUAUGAACUCGAGAGAGUUGAAGGAACGGAGACCUUUUUGAUUGAACCGAGACACAGAGAGCCGACAAUGACAAACAAGGAGCGUCGUAACAAGAGAGAAUUACAAGAACUGGCAAGAGUUCAAGGCCCAACCAAUAGAAAGACAAAGACAUUUGGAGCAACUUAUUUUCUAGAGUAA